AGACGGGGCAGGCUGCCGGUGGACCGCCGCUUCUAACGGAGUCUACAGCCGGGCUGAGAGCAGACGACGCAGAGAUGUGGGACAGCCCUGAUCGGCGGGUUUUCGGAGGAGAGAAGAUGAUGCUGAUGAUGCUGAUGCUGAGGCUGCUGCUGCUGAGCGCCGCCGGCUGCAGCGGGUCGCUGUAGUCCGUCUGCACUGAGCGGAGGGAAGCUGCUCCAACACCGCCUGAUACACCGGUUCACUCACGCUGACCUGGACAAUGAGCAAUGAUUUGCCAGUUCUGACAAGUCUGACUGAGAACUCCACUGAUGUGCCUGUGUCAGCAGGCCAGGUGGAGAACUAUGUGCUGCUGUUGGUGCUGCUGAGUGUUUUCGCCGGGGGGAUGCUGGUCCUGCUCUCCCUGCUGCUCCUCUUCUGUCAUCGCUGCUGCAUGGGUGGACGGCGCUACUCAAGAGCCAGCGAUGACCCUGAGAAGACAAACACCACUUACGCUGAGGAUUCUCAGCCCACCCAAGAGAUCACUAUUCAUAUGGAUGAAUCAGAUGCUCUCUCAGCUGUGAGUUGUCACGAUGGAGAGACAGAACGAUUUGUCUCCACUGGGUCUACUGGCCGCAGAGUCUCCUUUAAUGAAUCUGCACUUUAUGAACAGGAAAAGACAACUCAGGACAAAGGACGCAGAUACACUCUGACUGAGGGAGACUUCCACCACCUGAAAAAGGCCCGGCUCACCCACCUUCACCUGCCUCCAGCCCCGUGUGACCUGAAGAUCCUGACCAUCAUGGAGUGUGACUCAACAGAGAGUAGCACCAUCAACAUCAAUGAGGCCACAGCUCCCAAACUGCCCCUCACCAUCUACCAGCCUGCUGAGAGAAGAAUCCCCGACUGGGUAGGGCCGAGCCUCAGCGGAGGUCUGCCUGGAGACCCACACCACUCCACCAUCCUGGACCAGGGUCCCAGACAGGCAUUAUCAGCUAUGAAAGCACAACACACACGCUCCCAGACAAUGGAGGCUAUCGGGGACAGGGAGGCUGAGAGUGAGAGGGGGAUGAGAGGAGAGUUGACUCAAGCUCCGGGCCAGACUUCAGUUUUACAUUUCUUCUCUAAACUGCGGCGCCAUGCCAGUCUGGAGGGGGCGGGGCCUUACUUCAAGAGAUGGAAGUUUGACAGCAGUCACCGUGCUGCCAGCCUGGAUGCCAAAGGAUCCCCAAAGAGAAGGCCCUUCCAGAGACAGAGAGCAGCAAGUGAAACCACUGAUCACACUGAAGACGACUCAUCUCUCCGAGAUGAGGUCCUUGACUCUUUCCCGCACUCCCCCAUCCAGACCAGUGACCUCCAGUCCCUCUCUGCAGAGUCUCUGUCUCACCCCGAUACUGCACCCACGUCUUUAGUCGCCCUCAGCAGGCUAAAACUGGAGGCCAUGGUGGAGGUAGGUGCCAACAGCAAUUCCAGAAGAGAGGCUCUCUGUUCGCCAACAAGUGACUGUCAUGCCCAGAGACAGAAGGACGCCACUCCCAAUGGGACAGGGGUGGAAAAAGAGACAAAGUUUGGUGCAGUUAUAAGAACAUCAGCAACAGAAGUCGAGCUUGAGUCAGUAGAAGAUGACGACUUGUUUGGGGCACAACAAGGAGCUGCCGCACAGCAAAGGUUUGAAGACAUGUUAAGGACAACAACGACAGCCCGCACAACAUCAGAUGUCAGGAAAAAGAGCGAGGCAGAGACAGAGGCAGAAGAUGGAGAGGAGGUGGUGUUGGGAGCCGAGGCCAGACGAAGGGCCGACUCAGGCUCAUCUCUUACUUUCAUGAUUCGCCAGGAGAGCUCAGAGGCUCCUCCCUCGCUGUACAAAGACAUUUGGAGCUUGCGAGCCUCUCUGGAGCAAUACGCCUCCUCAGACCAGAGCAGCACAGAUCGUGAGUCCAUCCGCAGUGAUGCCGACAGCGUCUCAUCCUUUGGUGGUGCAGGAGCUCGCUCUGGCCUCGACAGCUGCUUGUCCCAAGACCUUGACGAUGAGCCUGAAGGAGACGGGGAGGGAGAGAUGUUAGAGGGAGGGAUCAGAGGGGCGUCAGGUGGGGACAGUGAGGUGGGGAGCGGAGCUGGAGGAGAGGUUGAGGCAGGGAACCGUAAGCUCCUCCAGAUGGACAGUGGCUAUGCUUCCAUUGAAGCACCAUCCAGGGCCCCUGAGGAGAUGAGACUUUUUGGGACUCCUGGAGCUCCUCGUGGGAAGACUGCAUCUGAGAGGCGGUUGUUCUUCACCAGCUCUGGGAGAAAGGGCUCAGUGUGCGAGAGCAUCGAGGCCAAGCUGUUUCAGGAGGAGCUGGAGGACGAAAUGACCAACAGCACAGAGACGCAGGAGAAACUAAAGGAGAGAUCUCAAACUCUUACCCUUCAAGAACCGUAUCAGCUUCUGAAAUCCCUUCAUCCUCAGAAACCUCCAGAAUCACAGCCACAGCUGAUGUCUCCACUGAUGAAGCCAAUCCCACAGCCCUCUAGUCCUCACAAACCCCGUCUCCGCCGCCGUGACUACAGUAUCGACGAGAAAACAGACGCUCUCUUCAAUGAGUUCCUCCGCCAUGAUCCACGCUUUGACCAGCAGGAUUCUCCACUGCGCUCGAGGCACCGAUCCAGAGUUCACCUUCGGAAACAGUGGCAGCGACACAAGCAAUACAGCGACCCAGGGUCCGGCACUGGGGGCAGGUACUCCCCGUCUUUGGAGAGGCAGAGGUUCACUCCGCUGCGGCGAGGCGACAGCGCCGGUUACCCUCUGGACACCAGGUAUCAUAGCACACUCUCACGCAUCGCAAGCGCCGCUGAUGAAGAAGCCAGUGAGAUUGCGGCUUGUGAGGAAGCAGCCAAAGAGAGCACAGAGAACAAAGAUACGUCGAGUGAAGGAUCCGCCGCACAAAGUAGAGCUGACCCAACCUCCGAAAGCUCUGAUGCAACAAGGGGUUCUGCCGAAUCAACUAGUGAGGGUGACGGCAGCCAGGUCUCUACAAAAAAGGACACAGAAAGCACAACAAGCCAGUCUUUGACCACUGUGACCACACGGACGAGCCACAUGGAUCCAAGAGUUGACAACAGAAACAACAACAGCAGUCAAGCUAUUCUAUCAGAGGUUUCCCUGCAGGCGGAGAGCAGCCUGACGGACAAGCUGGCGGCGUCGGUGGAAGAGAGGCUCUACGGCGGCCUGCGCAGUGCAGAGAAGCUCAGCCAGGGAGGAACAGAGUGUGUGCUCACCGUGACCCACACAGCCUCACCUGGCUUCAGUCCCAUAUAACCCAUGAUCAACUUUAUUUAAAGUCCAUUAUCGAAUACUGAAAGACUUGGAAAAAAAUAGCACUCAUCAUGUGUUAGAGACUUGGUCUGUCUCUGUGUCCCCUACAUUUUGGACAAAGCUUAACAUAACUGAUGCAUCAGAACAAAAAAUAUAUAAGGACAGAGGUACCUUCUUUCUUGAUGGCCAGUUUCCUCCAGCAUUUCAUUCAGACCUUAACCCUUUGAAACCUGGAUGGACAUCAUUUUUCCUCUGUUGUGUUCAGAUGCCUUUUCACAAGUAUUUAAACUUUUGAACCCUAAGAAAAGUGGUCUAAUUUCUUUUGAAAGCACAGGGAAAAAGGGAAUUAGUAUCUAGGCAAGAAAUGCCCUACAAAGUGCAAGACUGAGUAGAUUUUGAAAAUCAUUUUUUA